AAUCCGUGGAGGGCCUUCCAGGAGGGCAGUGACCUCGGCUUCACACCGCUCCCGAUGCUCACACAUCUCGAGCUCUUUAUGAACGCCGCACCGUGGAUGACACCGCUGCUCGCCGCGGCCUUCCCCGCGCUAACACAUCUCGCGCUCUUCGACUUAUGCCACCUGGACGUCAUUAAAAGCUUGCUAGAGACACAGCCGCGCCUCGCGGUGCUCGCGUUUGUUUACAUGGCCGAUCAGGCGUUUUGGGACCACGACCUGCUUAGGGCGCGCCUUGCGGAAGUAGGCGCUGACGAUCCUCGUUUUGCGAUCGUGGGGUUGACGGACUUUGAAUGCGACUGGGAGCGCGGCGCCUGGGGCGGACAAGACUACUGGUGUGUAGCAGAGGAAGACAUUGCCCGGAGACGCGCAGAGAAGUUUAAAUCACAUUCCUGA